UGGCGCGGGCCGGCCAGGGCCCUGAGGAGACGGUCGUCACCACCCUGCAGGGGCCCUCCGACCUGCCCCGGAUGCUCUCUAUGUAUCAAUGUUCGGACAACUGGACUGAGCACAUUCGUGUUCUGAAGAUUCUUACAGAGAUGUUUCUACCUCACAUCAACCUCUUGGAGUUGGAACAAGCAUUUUUUUCACAUGUAUUACCAAAGACGGUAAAAGUGUUUGACGAUAUGAUGUAUGAAUUAUCCAGCCAGGCCAAGGGACUCUCGAGCCAAAAUUUAGAGCUUCGAACAACCCUGAGGAACAUUUUACAAGCUAUGGUGGAAGUUUUGGGCGCUCUUACAGGAUGUGUGCGCCAUGUCUGCUCCAUCCAGGAGCCCAUCGUUUUAGAAAACAUCCAUAGCCUCCCCUCUUCCGUUAUUCAUGUCAUCAAGAAGACAUUUGUGCAUUGUAAAGACAGCGAGUCUGUGUACUCCGGUCGUCUGCACCUCGUUUCUGACCUUCUCCAGGCUCUGUUCAAGGAGGCCUAUUCCCUUCAAAAGCAGCUCAUGGAAAUGCUGGACACAGUCUGUAUGGACCCUUCGGUAGCUGAGGAUGAUGUUAUUUUGCAUAUGGUGUCAGUUAUCCAUUCCAUGUUGGAUAUAUGUUCAGUUAUUUCCAGUAUGGAUCAUGCUUUUCAUGCCAACACGUGGAAAUUUGUGAUCAAGCAGAGUCUAAAGCAUCAGCCUGCUAUCGAGAGGCAUUUGAAGCAUAAGGACAUCAUCACUGGCUUGUGUGACGACAACCUCGUCUCUUUCCACUCUUGCUUACAGCUCGCUGAGCAAAUGGCACAGUCAGGGAUGCAGGAUAAUGCGGAUCAAAAACUAUUCCAGAAAACAGUUAAAUUGUGUCGUUUCUUUGCUAAUUCACUUGUACGUUAUACAAAGGAAUUUAUGCCUUUCAUCUCUGAUUCUUGCUGUAAAUUGCACCAGUUUUACCUUCAGAUACACAGCAAGUUUCCUCCCAGUCUGUAUUCCCCAGUGAUUUCGAAAGCACAUCAGGACGAAAUAGCCGGUGUUUUUCUAGUGGCCCUGGAUCCACUCAUCAGCCAGCUCCUUCCAUUCAAGCCUUUUGUGGAAGUGGUGCUAGGGGAUAAAUUAGGCCUCUCUUCAGAGCAGCAACUUCCACAGUGUUUACUUCUGGUUACCAUCAUGGAUAAACUUUCCUCUCAGCCAGAGGAUGUUCAAACGCUUUGGUGCUCCGGAAACCAGUUUUCAGGAGAAACGACUAGGUUGAGUCUUUUCAGAGCCCUUUUUGGCAGUUUUGAGCAGUGUUCUGGUGAACUCGCUCUACCUGUUUGUUUGCAGGGAGUGAUGAGUAGAGGGCAAGCCGAAGUCGCAGUCACCCUGUAUCAGCACGUCUGCGUCCAUUUAUGUACCUUCAUUACUUCUUUUCACCCUUCACUGUUUCCUGAGCUGGAUGCCUCUUUAUUGGAUGCCGUGCUUAGUUACAGCACUGUUACCUCUUUACUGGCUAUGGAUGCAUGGUGCUUUCUUGCCCGAUAUGGGACUGCUGAACUCUGUGCCCAUCAUGUGUUCAUUAUAGCCCAUUUGAUCAAGUCCUGCCCUGGAGAGUGUUUCCAGCUCUCUAACUUGUCAGUGUUGCUCAGGCGCAUGGUUUUCCUCAUGGCCGCAGGACACCAGAGAGAUUUCCUCCAAAAGUUCCCCCCCAAAGAAGAGGAGAACUUGCCUUUGUGGCAGUAUAUUUCCUUCAAGGCCUUUCCUCUUGAUCUGAGGAAACAAAUAGUAAGUGAGGUCACCCAAGAGGCGAUCGCACAGUGUAAGAAAUGGAUCAACGGCAAGCGGGUCUUGGGAGACCUAGAGCCUGUGAAUGCAGCCCUUUCCGUUUUGCUCAACGUGUGUAACUCUGCCGGCGACACUCUGGAGACAGAGGUGCAGUCAGCAGUCCUGGGCCUUGGGAGCCAGCUCUGGGCUCUCCUCCACAUUAAACAGGUCUCAAGUCAGCCUUCGGUUCAACAGACAUUCUGUCUUUUGCUGCCACUCUUUGGAUUUUUCAUCCACCUCGUAGACCCUCAGCUGAUAAAUCAGGUGGUCACCCUUCAGACUUCACUUCUCCAGUUGGAUCCCCCUGACUACGUGCACUUGGCAGGACUGGAUUUAGCUGCUUCUUUAGGGAAACUCCGUAUCCCACCAGAUAUCCAGGAUGAAGUAGGGUCCAGUUUGGCCUGCCUUUUCGCCACCCUGUUGAACGAUAAGAGUUGGCUCAUACAGCAGCAUGCUUUGGAAGCAUUUACUCAAUUUGCAGAGGGAACAAGCCACGAAGAAAUUGUGCCCCGGUGCCUCAACUCAGAAGAACUGAAGAGUAAAGUUGUGUGCUUUCUGGAUAAGGUAAGACUUCCAGAUGAAACCACAGAAGCAAGAGCAGAACGUGUGAAACAAGAAAGUGGUGUAGUAAAUCAGCACUUGGUUGAAAUGAAGACUGAAGAAACGAGGUCGGAUUUUCAGCCCAGUGCCAAGCGCCCCUGCCAGGAACGACCCCUUGAAGAGCAGUUGAAGACAGCGUUGCUGACGGCCGACGAGGCCCUGGCCACGGUGCAGUUGCUGCUUCAGAAGAUCCCCGCCCCCGGCUGGCUCCCCGGGACGCUAGAAAAGCUCCAGGCAAGGAUCGCUAACUUAGGAAAAAAUGCAGUGGGAGGGCAGUAGCUCAGUGGGGACAGAGGGGUUGAGUUAGGCGGCUUAACCUGGGAUUCACGCUCUUUGGAGAGGAAGCCCCGGUUAGAGAGUCCGGCAUUCCCAUCUGUGAAUUUUUAUAAGGAAAAUAAAGUCUCUCGCUGACGGGAGAACAGGCA